AUGGGCAGCAAGCCAGCGGCUGCAGAGGCGACCACUGCGACCAUCACUGCCGAUCCAUCUGGCCCCACCGACCCCUCCACCGCCACUUCGACCGCUUCCGACAAGCCUCAGCAGGUCGACCCAUCCCUGGCAGAUCCCCAGGACCAGGACGCAGAAGGCAGCUCCGACGCCGAGACCGAGCCUCUGCCCUACGACGACGACGACGACGACGACGACGACCGCGACGCUGACGCCGACGCAGAGGCAGACCCAGACGUGAUGGACGCCUCAGCCCUGGAUCCAUCCACAGCGGCCGCAGCUGGUGCGCCAGUCGAGCAGCCGGCGACGCUCGACUCUGCAGCUAUGGCCAGCACGGAUGCGGCCGAUAUCGCCGACGUCUCGAUGUCCUCGGUCCAGGCCAACGGUCAGGAGGCUAUCGAGGCGGAAACGAUGGAACCGGCGUCGCAGGCCGGGUCGGCCGCCAUCCCGUCGACGCAGGGCUUCAACUCGAACAUGAGCUCGCCACAGAAGACGGGCGGCUACACGGGCGACGAGUUCAGCGCCGAGAGCGACCUCACCGACGAGCCCGACGACGACGAGCAGAACGACGACCCCAACGACGACGACGACGACGACGACGACGAUGAGGACGGCGCAGGCGACGACGACGACGACGAUGCUUCUUCGCUCUCCGACGACCUCGGCUCCGAGGAGGAGUCGCAGCAGCCUCGGCGCGCGCCUCAGACCGUCGAUGCUGACGCAGAUGCGGACGCGGAUGCGGAUGCGGAUGGCGAGGGCGAGGAUGAGGAGGACGAGGACGAGGAGGGCGAGUUCCGGGACGAAGAGGAAGGCGGCGAGCGCCGCUCCGACCGCCUUGGCCGCCGCGUCGCGUCCACACGCUCGUCUCCGCGCAAGGCUCGUGGCCAGCACAGCGACGACGACGACGACGAGGGCGAGGGCGACGGAGACGGCGAAGAGGAGGAGGAGGACGACGACGAGGACGAUGGGGAAGACGAAGGGUCCGACGCAGGUCAAGGUGGACCGCGGCCGCCAGCCGCCGCCGGCGAGGACGAGGCUGCCGAGGCUCUGGCCGCCCUCACCGGAGGGGCCGCCCCGGUUGCUGCCGCCGACCACGCCGCCGAGGUGGCCAACGCCGUCGAGGGACUCGAAGGCCUCGCCGCGCUCGCCUCUGCCGGAGUCCAGCACCAGAACGCCGCCCGGGACGACACAGCGGCGCAAGGUGCGGGCGACAAGAAGAAGCUUCGGGUUCAACAGCUACGAGCGCCCGGCGAAGACGGCGAGGCGCCCAGCUCCGACAUCACGCCCGAGCCCGAGGACGACGAUGCCGAGCUCUCGGAGCUCGAGGACGAGGACUCGGCCGAACGCAAGCAGGAGCUGGCGAUGAUCGCCACGAUGAAGAAGCGCGCCGCCGCCACGGGUGGCGCCACCAGCCUCCUCGAGCCCGACCCGAUGGAGAGCCUGCCCGCCUCGGCUGCCACCUCGCGCGCAGGAUCCGAAGUCGAUGAGGACGAGGAGGACAAGGCCGCCAAGGCAAAGGAGCUCGAGGCCGACGGACACGCCGACGCAGAUGCCGAGGGCGAAGCCGUAGGCGGGGCUGCCGCCGACGAGGCUCAAGCGGCUGAGCCCGACACGCCUGCCAACGAGGUCGCAGAGCAGGAAGAAGACACGUCGACGGACGAGGCCGCCAUCCGCCGACAGGAAGCCAUGGAGGCGCUGACCAAAAUCGAGAUUGGCUUUGCGAUGCUGCGGGACCGUCUCUACGUCGAGCGCCUCGAGGAGAUCUCCAAAGAGGGCGACAUGAUCGCCGAUGGCACCCACCCGGAGCUGCAGCACCUCACGAACGCCAUCGAGCUGCGGCGGCAGCGCCGCAUGAAGCUCGUCGAGAUGUGGUUCGAGCAGCAAGAGGCGCAGUACGAGAGGGUGGCCAAGGCGGAAGAGUCGACCGCCUGGAGCGUAUGGAGGACGAGCUCUGCCUCGCUGCGCAGGGAGACGAUGGACGACUACAGCCGCAAGCGGCGGAAGCUCGACCGGGAGAAGAGGUCUCUCGACGCACCCCGUCCCGUACGACGCCACCAAGUCUUCGAGACGGAGCUUGUCCGCAACCCGGACCGCCUGCACGCUCCCAUGAUCAGCACGGCCAACAGCGAGCAGGACGAGCGGACGGGCACCGCGCGCAAACGCAAGACGGCCGCCAUGCGCCGCGCCGUGGCCGAGGAGAGCGAGGCGGCCAACGAGUUUGUCGCCUACCCGGACUUGCGAGGGCUCAGCGAGGGCGACGUCUGGAUGGACAUCGAACGCAUGGGCAUCCGACCUGCCGAGACCCAGGCGGCGGCCCUCUACGACCCGUUCUACGGAGGCGUGCCCCCCGAGAUGCACCACGCGGAGCUCCACGCCAUGUAUGGUCCCGACGCUGCCGCCGCUGCUGCUGCGGCGGCGGCGGCCGCGGCACAGAUGGGUGUGCCUCCCGGCUCCUUUGGGCCAGGGGGCUACGGGAUUAUGCGGAUGCCCGGUGCGCCAGGCGACCCCGCCGCGCAGCAUACGCCCGUCCGGGCCGGAAUGCCACACCCUGCGAUGGGUGUCGGCCCGCCCAUCCAUGGCUACGACGCCUAUGUCGCGGCUGAGCUGGAGCAUGCGCAUAUGCAGCAGCAGCAGCAGCAUCUCAUGCACCGCCUCCCUGCGCACCACGAGCUGGUCGACGCCCACGGCCGGACGUUGGGAUCGCCGUACCCGCCGGAGAUGUACGGCUACCCGCCCCACAUCGCCCAGGCGCAGCUCCAGCAGCAGCAGCAACAGCAGCAUCUUCACCAUCAGCAGCAGCAGCAGCAGCAGCAGUACCAGCAGCAGCAGCAACAGCCGCCGCAGCCACAGCAAGCGCCGCAUGGACCGGCUCGGCAACAUGGCGGCGCGGCGGGUGCUACCACUGCGUCGCCUUCUCCGCGGAACCGCACCAGCCGCAAGGCCGACCGAGCUACAUCGGGCAUGCAGGACAAGGAGGCGGGCGCGGCCCUCGAACGCAGCGGGAGCGGACGUGGGCGGGGUGGAUCGGCGCGCGGUGGCAGCAGCGGCAGGGCAAAGGGGGGGGCGGCUAAGCAGAGCGCCGCGGCAGCAAGCGCAGGAGCGGCUUCUACAGCAGUCCCAGCAGCAGCAGCAGCAGCAGCAGUAGCAGCAGCGGCGCCGGCAACAGGCGCAGCUCGACCGCCGCCGGCAACGGCAUCGACGCAGAACGGCGCCGCGCACGAGGGCCGCGACGCCGGUCGACAGGCGCCCACCACCGCGUCUGCCGCACCGCCACCGAACGUUGGUCGGGGAGCCUCGUCGGCAGCCGAGGCCAACAGCAAGCAUGCAGCCGCAGCUCCUGCGCCACAGGACGCAGCACCGCACCAUCCCAGCGGCCACGCGGGUGGCGCCGCCACGAGGCCGAACGGGCCAACCAAGGGGGCAGCGCCGGUCAACAGGAAGCCGAUGGCUGCCGGGCCACCCCCGCCGUCGUCGGUGGGCGAGCAGAAGAUGGCGAUGAUGGGCGAUGAGGGCUCGCCUACAGCGGGCAGACCGGCCGUCGCAGCGCCAGCAUCAGCGAGCAUCGAGGCAGCCGGACCCACGGCCGCCGUCGCGGCACAGACUGCUGUGGCAUCAGGCGGCGGGAGUGGCGGCGGCGGCAGCGGCGGCGGAGCUGGGUCGCAAGGACGCUGA